GAUCGGCUCCGGUCGGUCCGUUUCUUCAUUUAUUUAAUUCUACAAAUUAUUUCGUAUAAAUUCAUCGAACCUCUCGUAUAUUCAUCGAUCCCUUCUUCUCCAGAAAUCAUCAUAUAACCAAAGAAACCCAUAAAAAAACUUCAAUAUUUAUUUUCUUGAUUAGCUCUCAGCUCUUAUCUUAAUUCAGAUUCUUGUUUCUCCGUUUGAUCCAAUAUGAGGAAGCUAUGUCCGAACUACGACCGUGAAGACGGUCUUGAGACAGUGCUGGAAGUUCCAAUGCCUGAGGAGUUGUUUUAUUCCGACAGCAACAAGAUCGGCGCGUGGCAGAGCGUGAAGUCAAGCUUCCUCCGGUCGCCGCCGGAGACGAGCAAUCUCACGGCGGUUCUCGGCGGCCGUGACGCUGAGAUUCAGAUGCUCCUCGGCGUCGCCGGAGCUCCGGUGAUCCCUCUUCCCAUCUGUCUCCAUCACCAUGACGACGAGCUUGAUAAUCAUCCCAUCGCCAAGAACAUGUCCAUUGAAUCAGCCAUGGCGAAGUACAUAGUGAAGCAAUACAUAGCGGCAACCGGGGGAGAGAGGGCCAUGGCUGCAGUGGAGAACAUGUACGCUAUCGGAAAAGUCAAGAUGGGAGUGACAGAGUUUUGUGCAGGAGCAAGCAGCUUGGGGAUGAAGAAGAAGAAGAAGAAGAUGGUGAGGAUAAAGGACAUAAACUGCAAUGGAGGAGAGAUGGGCGGUUUUGUCCUGUGGAAGAAAGGUUCAGAGCUAUGGAGUUUAGAGCUCGUGGUUUCAGGGUUCAAGAUCAGUGCUGGUUGUGAUGGCGACGUGGCUUGGAGGCAGACCCCUUGGCACAGCCAUUCCCAUGCCUCUAAUGGACCUUCCGGACCUCUCAGAAGGUUCCUUCAAGGACUUGAUCCGAAAACCACAGCCAAUUUGUUUGCAAGAUCGGUUUGUGUCGGGGAGAAGACAGUAAACGGAGAAGAAUGUUUCGUCCUAAAGUUGGAAACUUUACCUUCAACGCUUAAAGAAAAGAGCAGAAACCGUACAGAAACGGUGAAGCACACGAUCUGGGGAUGUUUCAGUCAAAGAACAGGACUUCUUGUUAAACUGGAAGACAGUUAUGUCUUAAGGAUCCAGACAGGUCCAGACCAUGAUAACGUAAUCUCAUGCGAGACGACAACAGAGACCAUGAUCCAAGAUUACAGGACCGUUGAUGGGGUCCAAAUUGCACACGUGGGGAAGACGCGCGUGUCAUUGUUCAGGCUGGACGAGAGUUCAGAGAAACAUUCCAAGACGACGGUGGAAGAGGCUUGGGAGAUCGAAGAAGUCGGUUUUGACGUGAAGGGUUUGUCCUCUGAUUGCUUCUUGCCUCCUGGCGAGUUGCAGACAGAGGAGAAGGAUGAAGAAGAAGAUGACAAUGGCUUCUCUGUUGGAGAUUACAGUCCUAUGCUUCCAUUGAAGCUCUGCAAUGGUUUCUCUAAGCUCAAAUCUUCUAAAGUGAUCGCCGUUGAAGAUUAUGAUGUAUCCCUGCGAUAAGAGUCUAUCGAUAUUCAUCGAUCUUUUUUUUUGUUGUAUAUAUAUAUAUGUAUGUAUGUAUAUGUUUAUGCACAAGGAGAAAAGUGCUUGUAAAGAUACAAUGGCAAGCCUUUUUCCUUCUUCAA